AUAUAAGUUUGUGUGAUAUUAUACAAAGUGUUAAAAUAUUUGAUGAACUUGAUAAAACAUUUACUGAUUACAAUUUCUAUAUAGAAGUUAAAAAUAUAGAUAAAAAUGUAUUAAAUAAGAUUAAUGAAAUUUAUUUCAAAAAUAAGGAUAUAACUUUUCAUAGAAGAGAAAUAUUGGGAAAAAUCUGUAAUAAAAUCAUAAGUUAUAUACAUGAAAUGAAUGGAAAUGAAUUAAUUCAUUUUCUUAUUUACUUUUUUAGAUGGAAUAAGAACGAUAAGAAUUUGAUUCUUUUUUAUAAUUAUUAUUUUAAUUAUGUUUUUGAUCAUAUGUAUCUUUUCAACCAUGAAAUAUACAAACUAUUAUUCAUAUUUAAUAAAUAUGUUAAUAAUAAUUCAAACAUACCAUUCAAUAAAAAUCUAAUACAGGAAAUGGAAUUUAAUUUAUAUUAUUUUAGGGAAAUAAAAAAUGAGAAAAAUUAUAUUAUUAAAAUGAAUAAAAAGGAAAUUUAUAAAAAAUGUUUUGCAAAGUUUCAUGAAAAUGUAGACCACAUCGACAAUGAAAAGAUAUUAAAUAUUUUAAGGUUAUAUGUUGAUAAUUCAAUUUUAGAUAUUGACAUAAAUAAUAAAAUGCUAUAUAAUCUUAAUAAUAAUUUGAUAAAUGAAAAUAUUGAAUACAUAUCAAAAUUGUUAAAUUUUUAUUGUACUUUGAUUAAAAAGGGAAAAUAUGAUAAUGAUAUGACAAUAUAUAAAUUAAAAGAAGUAAUAAAAGCAACACAUCAUAUUUUAUGUGACAAAACGAAAAAUAUAGAAACUUUUUGUUCAGAUAUAGAUUAUAGUACAUUACUAAAUUCAUUAAAUAAUAAAUUUAUUUUAAAUAAAAUAAUAGAUAAAAAUUUUAUUUUAUUUUAUGAGUGUUUAUUAAAGAUUCUAUUAAAUAUCAAAUUUGUAAAUUUUCAGUCUCUUUGUAUUUCACUUAUUUCUUUAAAAAAUAUUUAUUAUAAUAUAUUAAGAAAUAACGUUUAUAUUGUUAAUAGUGUAUUAUUUAAUGAUAUUAUGAAGUUUAGUUUAUAUUUGUGUAAUAUCUUCCUUGGUAAACGUAUAAAAACAGAAAAUGAAAAUGCAGUACUUAUUUUACAUAGUAAUGAUCAGACAAAUUAUUCAAAUAAAGAAAAUAUAAAAGAUAUAAUAAUACAAAAGAGAAUAAAAGAAUAUAUAUUUUAUAAAAUGGAAAAUUAUAAAGAUUUUCAUUUUAAAUUAAAAGAUAGUGAUUUAUUGUCUAUUAAACUUUUGUCAAAUACUUUUGUAAAAAUCAAUGAAGCUUAUAAUUCAUAUGAUUUUUAUUUACUGUUUAAUAACAUAUCAUGUAUUUUAUAUAAUUUUUUAGUAAAUAGAAAUAGUGUAAAAAAAUAUAAAGAUACUUAUAUAUAUAUUUUGAAUGACCUUUCUUUUGUCUAUAAAUAUAUAAAGAAUAAUGAUGGAACCAAAAAAAAAAAAAAUUUUUUUUUAUUAUCAAAUUCUAUGAAGGAAUUAAUAUGUAAAAAUAUAUUAAGUGUGAGUAAUAGAUAUAUAAAACAUUUACCUGAAGAAGAUAAUUUCGAUCAAAAGGAUCAAUAUGUUUGUUCCUUAACAUUUUUGAAUAAUUUAUUUUUCGAUAAAAUUAUUCAUUUUCAUUAUAUAUAUAACUUAUGGUGUCACGUGUAUAAAACAUACAACUAUUUUAAAUGUAAUAAGUUAAUUAAUGAAGAUAUAAUAUCCUUAUUACUUUUGACGUGUUCCAAGUUUCAGUAUUUUAUUGAGAAUAAUUCUAAUGAUAGAUAUUGUAGAAAGGAGUUGAUAAAUUUAAAAUAUAAUAUUAUUGAUGAUUUAAUUAAAAAUUAUUUAAAUACAUAUAAAUCUAUAUCUAUUGAUAAUAUUUCAAAAAUUUUUAUAUCAUUAUCAAAUUCGAAAUAUACAUGUGAAGUUAAUGAGAAUUUGUUAUUAGAAAGUUUACAGAGUGAGUUUGAAAAAGUAACAAAAACUAGUAAAAACGGAGGUAUACAUAUGAUAGACAAUAAUUUAUUAGAUAAUAAUAAUUCUUGUGAGAAAUAUGAACAUAGAUAUAUUGAAUAUAAGAAGGAAAACUUAUUUAUAAAUUUGAACAAAAUUAUUGAAUGUUUAAUAAAAUUAAAUAUAUUUUUAUAUUUAAAAAAAAAAAAGACAUAUUUAUAUCUAUAUAAGCAAUCUUUAUGUCCUAUAAAUUUGAAAGAAAAUAUUUUAAAAAAAAUACUAUAUAUAGCAAAUAAUUUGUACAUGUAUGAAAUGUAUGGCUAUGUAUGUGAAAUGUUAGAGAGGGUCUUAUCAUCCCACAAAGAACAAAAUUUGUUUUCAUAUAAUUAUAAUAAAAAUGUAGAACAUAAAAUGUUUGAUAAAAUUCUAUGUCAUAUUUCGGAAGAUGAUUAUAUUGAAAUGUCAAAUACAAUGUAUGUGUUGUUUUAUGAUUAUUUAAAAAAUAUAAAUGGUGAACGACAAAGUAAUAUUUUAAGGAAUAAUUCAAAGAAUGAUAGAUUCAUUGAUGAAAUAAAAGAAAAAAAAUAUAAAUUAAAUAAUAACACACUUAUUAAGCAUAAUAAUUUGAAAUUAAAUUAUGAGAAAAGUAAUAAUAAUAAUGGAAAUAUUAGAAACAUUCUUAAGGAUGAUAAAAAUAAGAAUCAUAAUAAUGUUGAAAUGGAUUUAAUAGAUAACAAAAAUGAAAAUAAAAAAAUUCAGGAGAAAGGUCAGAAUGGUGAAAAUUGUGAAAAUUGUAAAAAUGUGUUGGUAAAUGAUAUUAUAAACAUAUUUGGAUUUUUAAAAAUGGAGAAAAAGAAAUUUUUAUUUUUUCAACUUUAUAUAUAUCUAUGUAAUAUAACAAAAUUUAAAAGGAGAUAUGUAUCUUCUUCUUCUUUAUUUCAUAUGGAUGUUUUCAAAAUUAUAAAGGAUAUGAAUUUAAAGUAUCUGUGUUUAGAGAAUUAUAAAAUAAAAAAUGAAGAAUGUGCUUUUUUGUAUACUAUAGAUAUAGUUUUGUUUAAAGAAAGAUAA